AUGAAUGUGGUUGAAGCUCAUGCUGCUGGUAGACAGAAGCUUAGAGCAGUUGAGAGAAAUAAAAGAUUGUAUCGACUGGUUGUUGCAAAUCCAUCCGUUCUUGAACAGGUAGAUGCUGUUGUUUUCCCAAGAGAUAAGUCGGGUGAAACAUACAUACAUGCUUCUCUUAACAGCAGAACGGGGUUGUCUGAAGUGCAUGGAGACAGGAGAAGACCAAAUGGUGCUGUUGGAUGUCCUAUCAAAGUUGAUAAUGGUGAAUGGAGUGAUGCUGAAUCUUUUUGUCCAAGGGUAGACAGGGAAGGAAAUUGUCUCCUUCCUACAAAAGAACUCACAGCCAAGAUCCAUAAGAUAGAGUUACAUGCCUAUCGUUGCAUUUUGGAGGCCUUGUAUGCAUCAGGGACUUUAAGUUGGGAACAAGAAACUUUAGUGACAAAUCUUCGUCUUUCACUUCAUAUAUCUAAUGAUGAGCACUUGAUGGAGCUAAGAAACUUAGUUUCCGCUGAUAGCAGCAUUCCUAUAAGAUAA